UACCACCCCCCGACUAUACCCAACCUUCUCUCAUGGCGGAGAAUGCCGUCCAUCCUCCGUCACGGACCUCCUCAUCGACACUUCCUCCGUCCGUCGACCCGAGGAGCGGCUUUGACGGCGUCACCAAGACCUUCCACAGCCUCCGCCCCGCCGUCACCCUGCCGUCACCCACCAUGCCCCUCUCCGCCGCCUCCUACGCCUUCUCCCUCCUCCCCUCCCCACUCCCCUACCACCCCGCCAUCCUCGACGCCACCACCGGCGCCACCGUCUCCUUCGCCGACCUCCUCUCCCAGUCCCGGUCCCUCGCCGCCUCGCUCCGCGCCCACCUCGGCCUCUCAAACGGACACGUGGCGUUCAUCCUCUCCCCCAACCGCCUCGAGAUCCCCACCCUCUACCUAGCCCUCUUCUCCCUCGGCGCCGUCGCCGCUCCCGCCAACCCCGCCUGCACCUCCGCCGAGAUCGCCGGCCUCGUCCGCCUCUCCAACCCCGCCGUCGCCUUCGCCCUCUCCUCCACCGCCGCCUCCCUCCCCCGCCACCUCCCCACCCUCCUCCUCGACUCCCCGGAAUUCCGCUCCUUCCUCACCGCCAAUGCCACCUCGGCCGCCGCUCCGGUGGCGGAGGUGCCCCAGUCCGACGUGGCGGCGAUCCUGUUCUCCUCGGGAACAACGGGCCGGGUGAAGGCGGCGGCGCUGACGCACCGGAGCUUCAUCGCGAUGGUAGCCUGGUUUUGUGCGAUGUGGCGGGAGGGACGGCUGGGUAGCGGGGGUGACGUAAGGGAGGUGACGCUGCUGGCGGCGCCGAUGUUCCAUACCAUGGGGUUCGUUUUUGCUCUGAAGGUGGCGCUGGGAGCGACGACGGUGCUGAUGGGCAGCAGCCGGGCGGGGCUAGCGGAGAUGCUCCGGGCGGCGGAGCAGCACAGGGUGACGGGGAUGACGGCGGCACCACCGGUGGUGGUGGCGAUGGGGCGGCCAGAGGUGACGGGAGGGCUUGACUUGUCGGCGCUGAAGCGCGUCGUCUGCGGCGGCGCUCCACUCCACCCGUCGGCCGCGGAGCGGUUUAUGGCGAGGUUCCCUCGCGUGGAGCUCUCCCAGGGAUAUGGUUCAACUGAGGCAGGAGGAAUUUCCAUAUUGAUCGGUCCUGAUGAAUGCCGUCACAUGAAGUCUGUCGGACGUCUCCAUUCUAAUGUAGAAGCAAAACUUGUAGAUACUGUCACUGGUGAGGCUUUAUCAGUGGGCCAAGAAGGUGAAUUAUGGAUUCGAGGUCCUGCCAUCAUGAAAGGUUAUGUUGGUGACGAUGAAGCCAAUGCUUCGACCUUCGAUUCCGAUGGUUGGUUGAAGACAGGUGAUCUGUGUUAUUUUGAUCAUGAUGGGUUUCUUUACAUCGUGGAUAGGCUGAAGGAGUUGAUCAAAUACAAGGCUUAUUGCACCUGCUGAAUUGGAGCUUUUGUUACAGUCCUUACCAGAAAUCGUGGAGGCUGCUGUAGUUCCGUACCCACAUGAAGAAGCAGGGCAAAUACCAAUGGCAUUUGUGGUGAGACAACCAGGAAGCAACCUCAGUGAAGCAGAGAUUAUUGAUUUUGUUGCAAAGAAGGUUGCACCACAUAGAAAGAUACAUAAAGUCGCAUUUGUUGACUCAAUACCAAAAUCAGCAACUGGAAAGAUCUUGAGGAGGGAAUUGAGCAAACAAGCACUUUCUAGCUCCAUAUCUAGAUCAUGAUGUCUUUUAUUGCAACAAUCUCCUAUAAACUAUGAGUUUCAAGCACAGCAACGGUGCAUCCUAGCACUUGCUUGAUUGGUAAAAGCUUGAAAGGAUCGUGUUUCAUUUAUGCCUUGUGUUAAGCUUUUGUGUAUUUGAUUAAUAGCAGUG